AGAUCACAGCAAGACGUGCAGAACUCCAAGAUGAUCACUGCAACAUUGGUUCUUCUCACUGCAGUGGCCACUACUGCCUUUGAUAUUUUGCCAAAGGAGUUGGGGAACUUCCAUUUGGGCCAAGCUGCUUUUCUUGAGGUUUUCCAGUCCGAGCAGGCAACAGAGAACUAUGCUGACCAGUUCACCCUGUAUAUCUCCAACUUCAACCCUCUUUCUCUUGCACAGAAAGAUUAUAUUUACUACAUCAAGUCUCCUGGGAGUCAGUUAAAUGAUGUCAACAACUGGGUGCCAACAAAAAUAGAUCAAGAAAACUAUUGGCCAAAUGAUCUCUAUUUUAUGAGCAGUUCUAUAGCAGGUCGUGAGGGAAUAAUUUGGACAUCAGGUUUUCUUGUACCCACCAAAACGAAAGGUUGUUUGAACAUCUACUUCACUGAUCAAGAGCCAUUUGAUGGACCAUAUAAUAUUGCUUCAUUAGAUGAUCAAGACUAUUCUUACCAUCGAGUAAUUUGGAGAGAUGUUAAUGGUGAUGGCCUUUCAGAUGCUGUGACUGCUCGUUUCCACACUGGACUCUUAGGCAGUGUAACAAAACAGUUCCUGUGGCUUGAGAAUCCAGGUAACAGUCAGUUGGAAGGAUGGACUCAGCAUAUGAUAAACGAAGAUGGAGCUGAUAUACAUUUUCAGAUUGAGCAAUUGCCAGUCGGUGGAACAGCCUAUGAUGUCCAGCUCAAUGGGGAAUUCUGGAAUGAAAAGGUCACAAUAUACUAUGGAACUGACAAUGCAAAUUUCUGGCAAAACCCUUCUGUGCUACAAGAAGUGGUUGUAGAUGAUACAAUUGGUCAACCUUUUGAUUUAUAUUACUGGGAUAUUAACCUUGAUGGUGUAAAAGAAAUAAUUGUUACUGCCUAUAAUGGCAGCUAUGGAAAUGUUUUUGCUUAUACAGUACCAGAAGACUUCAGAACAGGAACAUUUGAGAGACACACACUUGCUGAAGGAUUUGAGGCUAAUUUCAUUCUGGGAGGACAGUCUAUGACACCUGGUGCUGCACACUUGUUUUACAUCUCUGACGAACAUGAGCAGUCGGGGGAAAAGCCAUAUAUACUUUUGUCAGGUGAUGAUGAUGGAAAGCACUAUAUUCUCACAGCGGCAAGUCAAGACAAAAAUGAUUGGAGCUAUGAGAAAAAUGUUUAUUUGGACACAAAAGCUACUACAACAGGCAAAUCAGUUGUAGCUGACUUGGAUGGUGAUGGCAAGAAAGAAAUUGUUGCAGCUGCCUACAGUGCCGGCAGAGUAUAUGUUUAUACUUAUGGAGAUGUGUAAUAACGUCCACUAUUUCUUACUGACAUGUGUAAUGCUACACUGUAAAAUAAGUAAUGCAACCAUGUAAACUAAUACACAUUAGUCAGCAUACAAUGUACCAUUAUUAGUGUAGUAUAUUUAUUAGCAUUUGAUCCAAUACCUUUUUGUGUUGUCAUUUGGAUUAUUUUGUCAAAUAUUUUGUGCAUUUUGUGUUUCCUUAAAAAUGAAUUCUACAUUUCUGCAAGUUCAUCAGAGGCAACAAACAGCUGCUAAAAUACUGUUGCUACAUUGCAUGUAUUAUAAAAGUUGAUGUUUCAAAAGACAUUAAAAACUUAUUAAAACUUGGA